UGCUAUUCUUGUAAUGCUUAGUUUCUAGUUGAAGGAAGAUUAGGGUUAAAAAAGGGUUUUUGAGCCACUGGGAUAUUGUGGUGUGAUAGAGGAAGAAGAUGGAAAAUACACUGAGUUGGGUUCACAAAAGGUGUCAAGGUAAAAGAGAUUCAUUAUAUGAAGCAUCUGAGUCAAAAAAGUUGGCUAAAAGAAGAAUUUCUCAGCAAGCCGUGUCUGAAAACACUAUCCAAUCACAAAAUAGUGUUUUCCCAAAGCAUUUAUUCUUUCUACUUGUUCAUGGACACUACAAGAUUCCAAAGCUUCUGGCAAGUGCAGAUGAGAUGUAUCUUCGUCGCUGUCUGGAAUCUGUGCACAAUAGUGCAUUGAAAGCUUCUCAGCACAACAAACCGGUGAGCACAUCCUUAGAAAUCAGAAACUUGUGGACUUCAGCAGAAAGUGGUGGUUCGGAUCAGUUAGUCUUAGCACAGCCUGUAGCUUCCAUGACUGAGAGUUUAGUUGAUAGUACUGAUGCAGCAGAGAAUUGGACUUUAGGCACUGUAAUGGGGACUAAAAGUAUGAUCAAUAUACUGAAUAGUCCUUUACUUCAGCAGUUUAGUGCUUCAGAAAAAAAUGAAAAAUUGAACAACAUGAACUUGACUGAUUCUAAAAAUAUGAUAUGCUAUGAUUUUGUGGAUUCUCCAAGUGGCUUUAGUAUCUCUUCUCAUAGAAAAGUAAUGGAAACACCAAUGAUGCAAAGUCAUGAGUAUGGUUCCAUUUCAGUUAAUAAAAGAAGCACUUCCAAGAAUAACUCUGCUUGCUUUGAUUGGAUGAUGUCUUCUGCUGCUUCUAACGUGUCUCAAGGAAUGCUUCAGUGCACUUGGAAGCAAGGUGUUCCUUAUUUUGUUUUUUCUGCAGACGAUCAGAAUGAGGUAUAUGUAGCCAAAUUGAGCAAGGUAGACACAACACAUGAUGAGGAUUUGGACUAUGUGUACCUGUUUCACUUGAACAAGAAAAGCCAGAAGGGCCGCGAGUUUCCUGAGGGAAAUUUGCAACUUGUUGGUAAGAUGAAUGUAUCAACCUGUCUCACCCUCUGCCCUGAAAAUUUUAGAGUGAUGGAGACAAGGUUUAUACUAUUUGGUGAUGGUAAAAUUUGUGACAGAGAAAUGUUCACUUCAAAUCAUUCUCACGUAAAGAACAAGGGCAUGGCUAAGAAAACAUCACGAGUGUUAAGAACUACUCCAUCACCUAUACACAGAACACUCUCAAGGUUCAGUAGAUCAAAAACCGUGAGAGAAAGUUGUGCAUUGGAUCAACAAUCAUGUGGUCUAGAUGAGAACAAUUUAUUAGCAUCUAAUGUUCCACCAAAUUUUGAGUUGGCUGCCAUUGUGGUCAAAGACCAUCUUCCCUCUAAAAGUGUGGACAAAGUAGGAGGCUGGGGUAUGAAAUUUCUCAACAAAUUUGGUGUGAAUCAAACUACAUUUCCUUCUGAAAGUUGUAAUCGAAAAUGUGGGGCUUCCUUAACUAGCACAAGCAUCAUCAUUCCAGCAGGCCUUCAUGGAGGACCUAGAACAAGAAAUAGUGGUCCCUCCAGUCUCAUUGAUAGAUGGAAAUCUGGUGGGUGCUGUGACUGUGGUGGCUGGGAUGAGGGAUGUCCCCUAACAGUACUUCAGAGAAGAUCUACCAAUGAGAACCUUCUGUCUCAUGUAGAUAUGCAAGGAGAACGCAAGUCUAUUGAAUUAGUUACUCAGGAUUCAAGCAAUUCCAGCCCCUCCUUGAGGAUGGUUAAUAUUCAUAAUGGAUUAUAUUUCAUCCAUUUUCAAUCACCCUUGUCUGCACUACAAUCUUUCUCAGUAGCAGUGGCGAUUAUUCACACGCAGAGUCCUACUCUUCAUCCUAAAUGAUGCAUGGGAAUUGUGACAACAGAAAAAACAAAGUUAAGGUUAUUUAGCAGAAUGAUCAUCCUCUAACUAGGUGUGCAUAUAUCAGGCAAUUGAUGAGAACAUUUAGGUGAACACAUGAAUCAGGUUUUCAUUCCAUUGUUUAUGGUUGUUGUUUGUCAUAGUUAAGUAGUUCUCUUUGUCCUUUUUACUCAAUUCUUGUAACCAUAUUUUUUUCCCCUGUUCUUUUUGCUGAAGGGGGUGGAAUGUAAAAGCUUUUUGAUGGAGAAAAUUUGGCAAAUCCUAGUAUUGUGAUUGGAUUUGUUAUAUUUGCUGAUAAGAGGAUAUUGUAAUUAGUCCUUAAC